AUGACCAAUUUGCAAGAGUAUGAUACUCUUCUGCUAAGGUCAACCAGUACACAUAAAGACUGGUGGCGAUGGCUUGUCUUGCUUUCAUUUUCCUUGUUUUCAUUCUCCAGUGCACUCAUGUGGAUUACCUUUGCACCAUGUCUAUAUAUCUUUGUUCAAUACUACUUUCAACAUGAAAGUACAGCCACGACCAACGCUAUCCACUCGCUGUCUUCAGUGUACAUGAUGAUCUAUCCAUUUGCAAUCCAAUUUACGUUUAAAUACUUUGAAGAUCGACUUGAUGGAUCACUACCACCGGGUAAUGGACUGAGACGAGGUAUAUUAAUUGGCGCUUGUUUGAAUGCUGUUGCGGGCGGUGUUCGAUGGUUGGGAGCCAUUCCGUCCAUGUACGGUUUUGGUAUAUUGUUCCUGGGUCAAACCAUUGCAGCUGUUGCACAGGUAUUCAUGUUGUCGAUACCGCCUCAACUUGCAGUGGCAUGGUUUCCUGAAAAUGAAAUCAAUGUAGCUACCUCCAUUGCUGUAUCAGCCAACAAUUUAGGCAUUGCAGCUGGUUGUGCCCUGACGCCACUGAUUGUCAAGCAAGCAUCCCGAGAUACAGAUAUACCGCAUUUACUACUGAUACAGUUUAUCAUGUGCCUGAUUGUUUUGUUGUUGAUUUGGUUUUCCUUUCAGAAACCGCCGCCUUACUGGAAGAGUAUGAUCCAUGAAGUCAAUUCAGCAGAUCAAUCAAGUCGAUUAUGGAAAGAAAAGAAAUUUAUUUACAUGUUGGGAUCCUACUGUAUCAUCAUGGGAGCGCAAUGUGCCAUCAUCACCUUACUAGCACAAAUCUUGAUUCCACCUUUCAAACAUGUGAUUGACGAAAAACUGGUAGGUCUAUUAGGUGCCGCCAUGCUGUUUGUGGGAUUUCCAGCAAGCAUUGGCGUGGGCUACUAUUUGGAUCAAACACUCAGGUACAGACGAGUGUGCAUCUUGCUCUCCAUGGUAACCGCUGUCAGCGUAUUGUGUUUGUAUCUGGCCAGUGAAUUUCAGUAUUUGACCGGUGUAGUGGUCUCUUGUGUCUGUUUUGGACUCUCAUCGUAUGCCAUCGCCCCUGCAUUCUUUCAAUUUGCAAGUGAACUGUUUUACCCCAUCAGCGAGAUUAUACCCACAGGCUAUUUAUUCACUGUUGGCAACAUUGGAGGUGUCUUUCUUGUGGCUGUCAUGGGAUGGAGUGAAGACAUGUCCCUCCAAUUUACCAUGCGUGUGCCCAUGCUAUGUCUGUCCAUGGCCAUGUUUGUCAGUGUUUAUUUUAUGGCUCAAGUGAAAGGGUCCUUGAAACGCACCAUACAUCAACAAUCACCUUAG